CACUCACUUUGAAAGAGGAUCUAUACAUGGAGACUACAGACCAAAGAUGCGACAUAGUGUAGAGAACAACAACCAAUCAUGACGCAUCCAACCAGCACACAAGAGGAUCUACUCGUCUUCAAGCAGAGACCGAAGUUCAUCUCCUAGGAGUUCUGAACAGCAACGACACCCGAGUCAACCCCAGUGACGUCAGCCCGCGCUCCCUCCGCAUCCCAACUCCAACACUUCCUCCCUCUCCUCGAUAGCAUAUCUCUUCCCAACCUCACCAAGCCUGUUUAACAAUUGCAAUUCCUACCACCAUACAACCUCCCAACCCUCAUAAACCCAGCCAACGGAAACCCUCACCGUUUCGCCAAGCAAUCAAGCAUACAACCCCAUAACAGAUUACCAGCAAAGCCGCGAACGAACCAAACGAAGUUCAACGAUGACAUCCUUCCUCCUCUCCCGCACAACAACCACCCUCCUAGGUACCGGCCUAGGCCUGGGCCUCAGCCUGACCCUGCACCCGCUCUCCCCCCUCCGCGCCGCCCCAAUGCAAUGCCAAUACUCAGCCCCGUACUCCCGCCCAGAGUCGCACGCCUCCCCCGACGCCGGCUGGACCAUCAACUCAUCCGACCCAUCGCUCCUGAAACAGGGGACCACGGGGCCGAUCCUGACGGCGUCGAACAUGCGGCAGGUCAGUCUGGGGAGCGUGCUGGGGCUGGUGGUGGGCGUGGGGCUGCGGGCGUUCUCGCGGGUGCUGGUCGUGUUGAUCGGGAUGGGUAUCGUGGCUGUUGAGUGGGCCGCGGCGAAGGGGUACAACAUCCUCCCUAUCAACACCUUACAGCGAUACGUGAAGCGGGUGGAUUUGCAGGGGGCCGUGUCCAAGCAUAUCCCGUUUAAGUUGAGUUUCGGGGCUACGAUGGGGUUGGCUGCUUUUGCGCAGUUCUGAGUUUUCAUGGGGUGUGGUGAUGGUCAUGGUGAUAUCGACUGUGAUGAUAGUGUACAGUACGAAUGGUACUUUACUGCGCGCUUAAUGUAGAAUACAAGAUGAUGGUGCUGGACAGUCAACGCCGCCGCGAAUAUAAGCGGUGUUCUCCCAAAGCCAAUAUCGAUUAUACAGAGUAUGUGUUCUUUGUUCUGGUGUUAUACAGG